UUCAGAGGGAAGGUCAAGUAUUGCGCUAGAUCUUUCGGGUUGUUGUCCGGACGCUAGCAGAUGGCGCUGAACGCAGAAAGCAGCUUAUCACAUAAUACAGGUGUUAAAACUUUAUAUGAAUCAGACCUGGAGGAUGAAAACUACUCAACUGUGGAGAGUUAUGGCAUUAGAGAACGCAGGCGUAAGCUGCAUACUGAAGCGGAGCAGCGUCGUCGAAAUGCUAUCAAAAGGGGUUUUGAAGGGUUAUUAGAGCUCGUCCAUCCAAUGAAAAACGAAUCACCUUCUCCGUCUGUUAGGAUGAGUAAAUCAAGCAUAUUACAUAAAGCUAUCUAUAUGAUUGAAAGGCUUGGAAGGCAAAAGCACCAGAAAUUGUCAGAAGUCGAAAGUCUAGAAAAGGAGGUUAAAGCUCUUCGAAUACUAUGCUUGAAUUAUGAGAAAAUAGUUCAAAACAGUCCGAAUUACGAAUGUAGAUCAGUCGAGCCGAUUCCAGAUGAUACAAAACUAGAAGUGUUUCGAGUGUUUUUUGACACCAUGUUCCGUUCAUUCGACAAUUAUAUUGUAUUCAAUUCUUUUACUGACCUCUCAGCAUCAGUGAUAAAAUGGAUUGAAGAGAGCUGUAAACCUGAAAAAAUGGCAUUUCUCAUGGAUUCUGUUCUAACUAAUAUUUUUAACCAGAAUACUGAAAUGCCUUCCGUUAGCAGUCGAAAAUUACACUGUGAUACUCUACCAAUUUAUACAGACUGUAGUACCAAUGAUAGUCAAAAUCCUUCUGAAUCUAUCGGAUCCAUACAUCCUUCAACAGAGUCAUUACUUCAAAUCAAUCCGUUAAUAGGUCAAUCUUCAGUUUACACUUAUUCAUCUAAUAAUCUACCAACUCUUACAAUUGCACCGACUACAAAUAUUAAUAAUUCCACAGUUAGUAUUGAAAAGCGUACUCAACUUAAUUCAAAAUUUCCUAUAAUUUCUCAAGGUAAUUCCCAUUCGAAUAAAUUAAAUAUUGUCCGAUGUCCACCGCCACCUCCACUAGUACCAGGGUCUGUUACUACUCAUCAACAAGUCAAUCUUGUCGAUGUGAACUUUCAACAAUGUGGACAGUCAUCAAAAGAUAUAUGUGAAGGUGAUAAUGCAUUUUAUAAUUUUAAUUCAAUGAUUCCUAAAAAUGUUAAUUCUACAUUAGUAGUUAUUGAUCAGUCAUCUUUACUUCCUAAUGAUCAAGUUAAACAUGAAAUUACAUCAACAUCAUCAUCGUCGUCAUCAUCGUCAUCAUCAUCAUCACCUCAUACAAUAAACUCUUCUUGUAACUUAAUCAUGAAUGAGAUGAAUUUACCUAGAGAGUUAUCAUCAUUACAUAAUUCUAGUCACGUUCAACAGUAUAAAGAGUUUAUUGACGAUUUAUUAUGAUUAAUUUUUUAUUAUUUAAAAUACAAUCAUUCUAUUUUUUCUAUGAAUUUCCAAUCGACUCAAGAGUUCUUUCACUGUCUUUAUUCAACCUUUAAAUGAAUUCGAUCACUCACUCACUCACUCACUCACUCACUCACUCACUCACUCACUCACUCACUCACUCACUCACUCACUCACUCACUCACUCACUCACUCACUCACACACACUAUCUAAUUCAAGAUUUAUACAUAUUUAGGUUAUUGUGUAUUCAAUCUAUCCUUCACAUCUUAUUCUGUGAUAUUCACAGUGUAAACUCAGCUAAUUAUGGAAAUUAACUCAAAAUUAUUGACUCAUUUAUUCAUUCACAUGCUUAGCUAUUGUAAUUCCUCUUCUAUCUUUAUUUUGUAAUCACAUGUAUUAUUAUUUUGAUGGUUAACAUUAUAAUUUGACGGUUUUGUCUUCCAACAUUGUUUUAUUCACAUGUUUAUUGAGUGUACAUUUAAAGAAAAACAAAUGACUGGAUCUAGCCAAUUCUAUGUGGUUCUUUAGAGAUUAUAUAUUCUCUAAUAAAAGAUAUGUUGGAAGUUUGUCUUUAAUGAAAUGAUGUUUGUGUUUUCUUCCCGGUUAUCUUUUUAAUUUCUUCUUGUAGUUAACAAUAAUUUGUAUUUGAUUAUCUAAUCAAUCUUUCCUUUCUAUCUUGAACUAUCAUUAUUUUAUGCUUUGUUUAUCUUUUCUUUUACCUCAAACGAUUAUUUGACAUCUCAGUUAACUAAUAAUAUCAAAUGAGAAAGCACAUGAAACUUGUGAACUAUGAUGGGUUGGUUAAGUUUUUUUUUUUUACGGCAGAAAAUACACAUUCUGAGUUGUUUCUUUUUUAUUAUUAUUACAGUCUUCUACAUAGUGAAGUAGGAAUUAUAUUUUAAUGUAAAAUGGUUUUACAAGUAUCAAUUGACAGAAAACAAAUUAUUGGGCGUUAAAAAUUCAAUCAGCAUCAAUUAGCUUACAUAAAUAUGUUAUUGACAAUAAUAAUGCAAACAUCUCAGUCCUAU